AUGAUGGUCAUUGGAACGAACGGAAAAAUUGAUUCUGUGCACAGCUCAUUUGGCAUUGUUACCAUCUUGACAGCAAUCCAGAACAAUGCUGGCGACCAAAGUGUUCAGGAGCAAGCUUUAAAAUCGCUUCGAAGCCUUGCAUUUUAUGAUGACACCAUUAGGGACUGUACCGGUAUACCCGAAGUUGGAGGCAUUGUUGCGAUUUUGACGGCGAUGGAGAAUCACUUGGACAACUCACAACUUCAGGAAGAAGCAAGGAUGUGGGACGCUCAAGAACUUGGCAAUCAACAGAAACAAUCGGCAAUUGAUAUCAUCCGGGGGUAUCAAAGCAAUUCUAGCAGCUAUGAAAAGCUUUCCGAGCAAUUGCGGAGUUCAGGAGCAAGGUUGUCUGGCCCUCUGGAAUUUGUCAUGCAGCGAUCAGAAUGA